UGGAGGACUUCAGGUAGGCAGGGGCCAUGGAGAGCGGCAGGGAGAGUUUAAAGAUGUCCAGAUAGACUCCUGUUAGUGGGUCAGCACAGGAUGUUAGUGCUCAACCUGACGCCAUGUCUGGACCUGCAGCCUUGUUGAUGUUGACGCUCAUUUCACUCAGAGCUUCAUGCAGCGGGAGCCUUGAGCAAGUGAGGAGUGCAUAUACUGCACGGUAAAUUGACUUUUUCAAUCAGUGGGGAUCCCGUGUCUGGAUAUCAUCUAACAACCUGUUGUGAUUUUCUGAAAAGUUGAUCGUUAGGUUUUCAUGAACUGUGAACCAUAACCACCAAAAAAUAACAUUUUAAACUGAAUUACUUGAAACAACUUAACUUCUUGGAGGUGUGUCUUUCAGUUGAAAUGUGCCUGUGUUUUAGUUUGUGCCGAAAAGAUGCUCAGAUCCAGUCCAGAUUCAGUCCUUCCUCUCUGCAAAGACUGAUCUAUGGAUAAUCCAUUCCUUGUUAUGUAAUAUAAAAACAACAGGAUAAACUGGUUGCUAUCAUACGACCGUGCUUGAUGUAUCCGUAUAGAGAGCAGAUGUAAAUCCUUCAUUUAGGAAGAGGUCCAAAAGGAACUGCCGGUUCUCGUUCCCAGAUUUGGUUAUGUGAUCAUCAGUUUAAGCCCAUAAUCCCGUCUCAUCGGGAAUAUUCCAUGCGUGUGCGUCAGAGUCUGCAGAAAUGACACAUUUGCGUUGCGUUUGCGAACACAUUCGGCAUGUUUCGGACGGAUCGCUCCGUGUGCGUACAAGAGGGUCAGCCAUGGCUUUCAGCGGGACGGUUUUCACUUUGAUCCUGCAGAGAUGCUCCGCUUGAUCCGUCUGCUUCUGCUGCUGCCUCCGAGCAUCAUGCUGAGCCUCAGGCCGUGCCCCAGCCCCUGUCUGUGCUACGAAUCCUCUGACCUGGUGGACUGCAGGUCUCAGGGGCUGGAGCAGGUCCCCCCCGGUGUACCCCGGGGAACUUGGUUGCUGGAUCUCAGUGGGAACAGGGUGAGGGAGGUGCGCAGUGAUUCGUUCGUGGGACUGUGGUCGCUGAAGUUCCUCCUGAUGUCCAACAACAGCGUGCAUGCUCUGCAUCCGCAGUCUCUGUCAACGCUGCAGUUUCUGGAGAAGCUGGACCUGAGCUUCAACCGACUCCGCUGGCUCCCGCAGGACUUCACGCUCCACCUGUCCUCCCUCCAGGAGCUCCGGCUGGACCACAACCUGAUGCAGCACGUCGACUCUUCCUCGCUGAGGCACUGCGACAACCUGAGGAGACUCGACUUGAGCCACAACCGCAUCCGCACGAUAGACACCAAGGCUUUCACCAGCCUCUCUCGCCUGCGUCUCCUGAACCUGGAGGGGAACCGGCUGAACGCGCUGGAAGACGGACUGCUGAGCCGGCAGCAGAGCCUGGAGGUGCUCCUCCUCGGCCGCAACAACGUCUCUGCCAUCGAGGCCGAAGCGCUCGCCCCCCUGCGCAGCCUGACCCUGCUGGGCCUGCAGGGGAACCAGCUGCAGCACGUCAAGUUCAAGACCUUCCUGAAGCUGCGCACCGUCAGCACCCACCUGCAGAUGUCGCGCAACCCCUGGAUCUGCGACUGCGACCUGCAGCGCGUCUUCAGCAAGAUCCAGUACGUCCGGCACCUGCACGUGGAGGACUACCGGGCCAUCCUCUGCCACGCUCCCCCUCAGCAGGCCGGGAGCACCCUGGCGUCGAUGGACAGUCAGCUGUGCAUGGCGGAGACGGCGUCGGUGCUGGUCAUCACCAUCACCGUGAUGCUGGCGGUGAUCGGCGCCCUGGUCAAAGCUGAGCGAAACCGCAAGAGCAAACAGGCUGCGAGCGACGCCGAGUCAGCAGAUAAAUGA